AAAAAUAUCACGAAAUCAGGGAGAAAAGGGGGAGGCCACAACCUCCCAAAUUAGGGUUCAUAUUUCACACACUCACACACACACUUAUUUUCAAUCCCUCCAAAAAUCAAAAUUAAUCAAUCCCCAAAAAUCAAGAAAAUAAUAAAAUGGAUAGAUUUCAGUUAUAAUCAGUUUUUUUUUUAUUCCAAGUAAAUUAAGAGCUAACCUCAAUCCAUCGGUGAAAAGUCAAAACACUAGCUUCUAAUAUAAUCGGUCAUGCGCGGCGGCAGAGCAGCGGCGGCUCCUCCGGCGACCGGAUCGGCGAUUGAAGUUAGAUACAGAGGCGUUAGAAAACGGCCGUGGGGAAAAUACGUUGCUGAAAUAAGAGAUCCGUUAAAAAAAGCUAGGGUAUGGUUAGGUACCUUUGAUUCAGCUGAAGAUGCUGCACGCGCUUACGAUACAGCAGCGCGUGACCUACGUGGAUCUAAAGCCAAAACUAAUUUUCCGUUACAUCCGUCAUCGGUUAUUCAAAACGUCAACGGUCCAUUUCUAGAUCAGCAAACAGCUGUGGUGAGUAACAGACCGACGUGUAGCAGUUUAAGCAGUACGGUGGAGUCAACGGCGGAAGUUACGGUGGCGCGUGUGGUGCACGCGCCUCAGGCGGUGGUGGUUGACGGCUGUGUUGAUUAUUGUGAUUCUUCGUCUUCUGUGGUAGUGGAUGAUGGUGAAGAAGUAGCCGAUGGUCGAGAUAUCGCGGAAUCGUCGAAUCGAAAAGCGACGAUUUUGUUCGAUUUAAACGUGGUUCCGAUCGAGGAAGACGACGACGAACUUUGCUGCACCGAGCUGCGGCUUUGAUGAUGAUGAUAAUAACAAUUGUGUUAUUUUGUUCUUUGUGAUAUUUAUUUGCAUUUACGUUUGUUGUAAGUUUUGAAAUUGUGAUUUCAAUGUAAAAGAAGGAUGGAUUGAUGGAUGAUUAAUUAAUCAAAUUUCUAAUGAGAGGAUACUUGUAAAACUGAGUUUUACUUUUAGUUCG